ACUGGUUGUCAAUGUCAAAUGCGGUCUCAUUUUCGUUUGUUGUUGUUACUUGUUCAUGUUAGAAGGAAUCAGUUUUUAUAACCGAAAACUGCAAAAUGUCGUAUAAAAAAGAAGAAUUAAAAAUUUACUGGAACAAGAUAAACUAUGCUUUUCCAAUCCUCAACGACACCAUCUUCACUGACUGUGGCGACGCGGAGUAUGAUGAGGUUCAGCAAAUAAUUGUUGGCCUCGGAAUUCAGAUCAAAAUACGUGAUCUUGUUUUAGUUCAUAUUGAAAAAUAUCUGCGGCAACAUGUAGCACCUUCGUUUUGGUCAAAGUUUGUUAAAGUAGAAGCGGAUGUGAAAGGAUUUCAGCUGUUCAAAUCUGCUGUGAACGACCUGUAUGACUCCGUGGCCAACUUCUCAGGGAUGCUACAGAAACUGACCACGUUAAACAAUAGCUGCAAUGACAAUAAACCUAUCUACGGCGAAAAGGAUAUUAUUUCAGGAUUCAAACAACUUGUGAGAGCAACAUUACUAUCUCAAUUACCAUUGGAUUUCCAAGUGAUCAUUAACAGCUUCUACAAAGUUUCUUUCAAUGUAUUUGAUAAUGAGUACGAAAACUCUGACAUGGGUGAAGAUGUCAUGUGUUCUGGAUGCCAGAAUGAGUGCUCCGACUGUAACUGUAUGUACAUAGUCAAGGUGUUCCAUGACACCAAUCGGAAACUGAUGGAGCUGCAAUUGCUUGAGAGACUGACAGGUCAAGUGUUAACAAAUUUCAUACAAAUGAGAAUAGAAUCUCACAUUCAGAAGCUUUGCACUGGCACAUUUGAUAUGUCACAUAUAGAAUUUUUAGAAACCUGGCUUGACACUACUGUUAUGUCUUGGCUCACUAGGAUAUAUUGUGGGGGAUCAUCAAAACCAUCACCUGAUGAUAAAAAUACCCUGAAUGCUAUAUCUAAGUUUAAGCAGAAAUUAAGUUAUUUUUUGUAUCACAGCUAUACCAAAUUAAGAAUAGAUCAACUUUUUAAUAUAAUUAUAGAGUACCCAGACUCACAGCCUGCAGUAGAUGAUAUUAAAAUAUGUUUGGAAAAGACUGAUCUAAGGUCUACUUUAUGUAAGAGCUUGCAAAGUGCUCUGGAAACAAGAUUAUUGCACCCUGGUGUAAAUACACCUGAUAUUUUAACUGCAUAUGUUACUACUAUAAGGGCUUUGAGGCAUCUUGAUCCGUCAGGGGUUAUACUUGAAACAGUAACAAAGCCUGUUCGGAAUUACUUGAGGAAUAGAGACGAUACAGUGCGCAGUGUUGUCAGUAGUCUGACUGAAGAAGGAGCAGGCAGUGAGCUCGCUGAGGAAUUGGUCAAGUUUGCAGCCGAAGCUGAUGGUGAUAAUGAUAAAGAUGAAGCGUGGGAUGAGUGGAACCCUGACCCUGUUGAUGCUGAUCCUAGUGUAGACUCAAGCGACAGAAGGGCCAAUGACAUCAUAUCAAUGCUUGUUAAUGUGUAUGGCAGUAAGGAAUUAUUUGUUAAUGAGUACAGGACUCUGCUAGCUGACAGAUUGUUGGCGCAAAGUGCUAUAAACACAGAGAAGGAAAUCAGGUAUCUGGAGUUGCUUAAAUUAAGGUUUGGAGAAUCUCAACUACACUUCUGUGAAGUAAUGUUGAAAGAUAUAUCAGAUUCCAAAAGAAUUAAUGCUCUUAUACAACAAGACAAGGAAAUAGAAGUUCUAAAUAAGAAGUUUACUUCUAAUGCAAUGAUAUUGUCAGCACAAUUUUGGCCACCAUUCAAGGAUGAGAGCUUGGAGUUACCUGAACAAAUAAAGCGUCAUCUAGAGGCAUAUACCAAAUCAUUCGAAGCAUUGAAAGGGAACAGGACAUUAAAUUGGAAACCACAUCUGGGAAAUGUGAACAUAGAAAUAGAAAUUGGGGAAAAGAAAUUAGAUUUAACAGUUUCGCCAUUUAAUGCUACUUUGAUAAUGCACUUUCAAGAUAAGCCCGAGUGGACGAUAGAUGAACUUCACCAAGUUAUGAAAGUGCCUGUCACCAUUUUGAGGCGGAAGAUUACAUACUGGCAAUCAAUGGGCCUCAUCACUGAAAAAAGUUCAGACCUCUUUGUUCUAGUAGAUGGUUCUGAUGGGAACAAGGCUAAUGUGGCUACCAAUCAAGUGCAGGAGAUGAUCUGUGAGGAUGAUGAGACUGAAAGUGUGAUGGCUUCAGCUCAUGACCAGAGGGAAGGGGAACUACAAGUCUUCUGGUCUUACAUUGUAGGAAUGCUGACAAACCUAGACUCUUUGCCACUGGACAGAAUUCACCAGAUGUUGAAGAUGUUUGCUUCUCAAGCCCCGGGCACAGAAUGCAGUCUGCAAGAGCUCAGGCAAUUCUUGGAUACAAAAGUAAGAACACAUCAGCUUGUGUUACAAGGAGGAAUGUACAAGUUGCCUAAGACAUAGACAGUAGGACAAAACUAAUAAAAUUU